AUGACAUUGUUGAUACAAAAAUGUCAUUUUAAAUUUCGCUUGGUAGGUAAUUUAAACUUCAUUUAACACAACGAUGGAAUCGGGUCCUAAUUACAUACAGUAUCGAUAUCCUAAGACAAUAUAAAUCCUGUUUCUUUUAGAAUGCAUUGGUAUCUACUUAUACUAUACUUAUACUAGCAUGCACGUAUUCACGUAUUGGUUCCUUGUCUAGACUUUAGAAAGUCAGUGUGUCAAAGAAGAAAAAAGAGGUUAGGUUUAUCAUUCAAGUGCAGGCAUUUUUAAAAAAUCUAACAAAUAAAUAGUUAAAAUUCAAAUUAUUAAAUGUCGCAGCAAAAAUCAAAAAAGACUUCUGGUUGGAUGCAAUGUGAUAGUUGCCGUACUUUCUUACAGAGCAAAGAUACAGAGCGUCAUUCAAAUGAUUGUCCUCCGGAUUUAAAAGCAAGUUCUUACAACUUUAUUAAAGAUAAGAUUUUGUAUGGGCAUACAGAAGUAAAGACAAAUGAAGACAUUAAAAAUGUAUCGACUCUCGAAAAAGGUUAUUUAGUAUUUCUUAGCGAAUCUGUAAUUAAGUUAUGUGAGCUAGCUAUAGGAGAAUGGGCUAUUGUGGAAAGUUUUAAUAAUGUUCCACCUGUUGCUAAAAUUGUUUGGCCUAAUAUUGAAAAAUCACUUACAUCUGUACUAUUCACUAAAAGCGGUUUAGAAUUAAGUUUUGUUCAGUCUAAUCAACAAGUUACGGUUAAACAACUAAAACUACCUUUACAAGAAGCCUCAUUUGUAUCUCUUACGAUUUUAAAUGCUCCCAAAUCGUUAGAACUUACUCCUGAGCUUCAUAACAGAUUAAGUAGAUGCUGUGAUAAUAAAUUUUUGACCACCGGAAACAAAAUCAAAGUAAUGUUUUAUGGAAAGGAAUUAAUAUUUGAAAUUAAAUCAAUAGAAUCGAGUAUAGAGAAUGUGGAAAAUUGUUUUGAUAAAAUGGCUAUUGGAGAUCGAAUUAAAUAUGAGUUCUAUAAAAUUGUGUCUAAGACAAAAUGGAAAUGUUUUAAAGAUGAAGAAAGUUAUAAACAAAACUCAGAAUCUAAACUGUUCGAUUGUCCCGCGGGCGUAGACAAUGAAAUCGAAGAGAUCAAAGAAUUAAUGAAUGCUUGUUUAGGACAGUCAAUUCACCCAACACAAAUUAAAGCAGUCUUGCUUUAUGGUAAUUCCGGAACUGGUAAAACUUCAAUCGCUAAAUAUGUAGCAUCACAAUCAACAGCAAAUGUGAUUAUGAUCAAUUCACCAGAAAUUUUUUGUAAUAAUUCUAAUAACGUAGAAAAGUAUAUCAAGCAGUUAUUUGCUGAUGCUUUAGAAAAUGCUCCUAGCAUAAUAAUUUUAGAUGAAUUCGAUGUUGUGUGUCCAGCAAGAAGUAACCGUUUAACAGAAACAGAAAAAAGAGUUGUAUCUAUCUUUCUAAAAAUAUUCGACGAGUUAUACACUCAACAAUCGAAAGUUUUCCUUAUCGCCACAACCAAUAAACCAGAUAACAUCGACCCGGCAUUCAGAAGAUGUGGAAGACUAGAUAGAGAAUUGGAAAUUCCUACACCCAAUCCUAAAAACCGACGUGCUAUUUUAGAAAAACUAUUAAAACAGUUAAAUAUUGAGAUUAACGAACACGAUCUUCAAAAUAUAUCAUUGAAUACCCACGGAUUUGUCGGAUCCGAUCUAGUCUCUCUAUGUUCGAUGGCCAGUUUACAUGCUAAUAGACGUAAACAAGGAAACGUUUCUAAGGAGGAUUUUGAGUAUGCUUUAAAACGAGUUAGACCCAGUGCAAUGAGAGAAGUUCAAAUAGAGAUUUCUAACGUUAAAUGGUCGGAUAUCGGUGGUCAAAACAAUUUGAAAAUGAUAUUAAAACAAGCCAUCGAAUGGCCUCUCAAAUACCCGCAGAGUUUUUUAAGAUUAGGCGUCACGCCACCAAAGGGUGUACUGAUGUUUGGCCCACCUGGCUGUUCAAAAACUAUGAUCGCCAAGGCACUGGCGUGCGAAAGCGGUUUAAACUUUUUAUCAAUUAAAGGUCCGGAACUUUUCAGUAAGUGGGUGGGCGAAUCAGAACGCGCGGUCAGAGAGGUGUUCCGCAAAGCGCGACAAGUGGCGCCGUCUAUAAUAUUCUUCGACGAAAUCGACGCUUUGGGCGGCGAACGUAGCGGUAAUUCGGGAUCGAAUGUUCAAGAACGCGUUUUGGCCCAACUUUUGACGGAAUUGGAUGGUAUAACUCCGUUGCAAGACGUCACAAUUUUGGCGGCUACGAACAGGCCAGAUAGGAUCGACAAAGCGCUGCUGCGGCCCGGAAGGUUGGAUAGAAUUGUUUAUGUGCCGUUGCCUGAUGAACAGACGAGGAAAGAUAUAUUUAGGAUUAAAUUUACGAAGAUGCCUACUUCCUCUGUGAACAUUGAGGAUUUGGUAGAACGGACAGAGAACUAUUCAGGAGCUGAAGUAAAUGCCGUGUGUCAUGAAGCUGCGAUGUUGGCCCUUGAAGAAAAUUUGGAAAGCGAAUUUGUGGAGAUGAAACAUUUUGUGAAAGCUCUUGAUUUAGUGACGCCAAGGACUCCUGUAUCUCUUAUUAAAUUGUAUGAUGAUUAUGUGUCAUUAAAAACUUGAAUAUGG